GUUCAACUGCGCUGGAAUCGCACACACAUGGGACUUGUGUGAUAUGAAGUCUGCCUCUGACUCGAGUCUGAGGCCAAAACGGCAAAAGGGUUUUCGGCGCAGAUCUGCAAGCCGCGUGGGUCAGGCCGGAGUGAAGCUGCGCUGUUCUUCAACACCACUGAUUCCCCGUCACAGUGACCAAGGUGACCAGUGUGGCCUGUGGGGUUGUAGGAAGAGGAGUCAGUCGUGCGUGAAUCCUGUGGUAAUUCCCGUAGCUGUUUCUGAAGACUGCCCUGCCAAGCCUUUUCUGGCUACAAUCAUUGACAUAAAUUCUAGGGUGCGACCUCUCUAACCUGUCUUGUGCUGUACGUGAGAGAUCGUCAGUGAUUGCGGAGAAAGUACGUUUCCUACUCAGCUGGUGUUCUUCGCCAUCCUAAUCCCCUGUCGUGCUACGAUCUUCUCUCCUGCAUGCGCUCACUGCAUCACAGUCAGUUCUUGCUGAUCAUAGAGUCGCCGUCUGCUGGUGUGAAGUUUAGAAAGUAAUUACCUACCUUGGCCACCGGCCACACGCAGCACUCCAUUGGUUUCCGACGGUCAGCGGUUCUGCUGGAAGUCACCUGUGUCCAGUUUGCACCCAGGCGCUGUUUAUCAGCAAUGACUAUGUGAUUCCCUGGUGGCACGCAAUGAGAAUGUCGGACGUGUAAACGCAGGCGCUGCCCUGUACUGUAGCAAGGAUCAUAGGAGCGGAGUAUUGCCACUUGCGUUUGGAAGGUGUGAGUAUCUUUCUGAAUUUUGGUCGCUAUCGGAUUUGUGACAUUCCGGUGAGAAUCAUUACUUGUGUAAGUAGUUAGUUGUGAGGGAUCUUGCAAGGUCCAGGCGAUAUCGGCACCGCGCCGUGGCUUUGUGACUGUGAUCACCGGUGCCAUACCAGCAGCUAACGGUCGAUAUGAGUCAGCUCCAGUUCAACGGCGGUGGUGGAUUUAUGGAUGCUGGCCAAGUUCACAUCCAACAAGCACGACUUCAGCCAUUUCACCAGCCACUCUACCAGCCCCGAGAGCCACUUGGCUUACAAGUCAACUACGAGAGAAACUCGCUGCAGGAAAUUGCGAAUGGACUCAAUCCACUGCCAGCGUUGAAUGACGAUGUGUGGAAGCGUGGCUGGGCAGCAUGGUCCAGUCAGAGGCCACGCGCUCGAAUGGCCCAGUUCAUCGUGGAUCUACUCUAUGCUGGAAAACACGGACGAUGGCUGGAUAUCUCGGCAGGCAAGUUUGAAUUGACCAAUUGGCCAGAAGUGGCUCAACAGUGGUAUGGUGCCAAGGACCGCAUCUCUGAUCAGUGCGACGCUACCAGUAUGCUACGGAAGGGACUGCCAAGAGCUUUCCCAGGACUGGAAGAAAUCAAGUCGGAGGCAGAAAAGGAAGGCACCCAAUACAUAAAGCGUGUGUUCCAGAUUCCACCCAAAGUGGUGCAAGAGGUGAUCAAUUGUGCACUCAGUCCAGAAAUUGAUUUCUAUCCGAACCCGAAUGCCACAAUUCACAACAUGCUACUACCACAGCAGCAAAUGCCGGGCACCGAACCCAUGCUAGCAGACGGUGGCCGGUUCCAGGCCUUUUCUGAUGCACAACAGAAGCAAGACAACCUUACCCACCCUACACAACAGGAGUUCCCGAUGCUUGUGAUGCAGCAAAAGUUGCUAUUGCAGCAGCAACAACAACAGCAACUACAGCAGCAGCAACAGCAGCAGCAGCAACAACAACAGAUGCUCUUGAACAGCAAUGCUCUACAAACACAGUCUAUGGUUGUCAAUGGCACAUCAGGUUUGGCUGGAUCAGUGCGGGAUACUAGAAGUGAGUCUCCUAACUCAGUGGGAAGUAGUAGCAACUCGCAAGGAGUGUUUGCCGAAAGCAGCAAUGUCUCCUACUCCAUUGGAACUGGUUCACCGAAUAGUUCCUUUGGCAACAACCAUGUGUCAGCGUAUCAACCUCAGUCUGUAUCGCCCAAUCCCACUGCGCCAUCACCCUUGUACAGUGGCUGCACUGGUGACGAUUCUGGCACUAUGGCAGGACAUGAUGGGCUGAAUGUGGUAAAUCAACAACAGCAGCAACAGAUGGGUGGAAGUGGUGGAGGAUUUAGUCUACGUGACAUAGUUGACAGUGUUGACCCAAACAUCACGGCAGCACCUACGUUUGUCGAACCGAGAACAGCAAGUCGGCCACAUGGUCAUCAGUACUUGCAUCUUUCUCCGAACCGCAGUCCGCUACAGGGAGGUGGUGAGCUACUUCUCUUCUAUGCGUCAUCACAGUCCCUACCGGAGGGGAAUGUGGAGCUGACAUUCGUGUCGCCAUCAGGGCAAGAGGGUUCGCACAUCAUUGAAACGGUCUUAGCGAGUAAGAUCAAUCCGUUCAUCUGCGUUGCACAAAUUCCACCGCAUAACACAGCAGAACAGGUGACGGUGUUUGUGACCAUUGCACGGGAGACUGUGGGUGAGAUCCCAUUCCACUACUAUGCUGAUGUACUGCCACCACCCAAUGGAAGUGAAAUGAUUGAUUUGCAAAGUCAGUUGGGCAGCAUCUGCGGUCUACUCUCUGGUGUCAUGCCACCUGGGUCAGCAGGGGGGUCCGAUGAGGGUGAUGGAUCUUCAACUUACAGAGGCGAGGGUAACUAUGGUGCGUAUCAUCGAGUGCUAGCACUAGCUAUCACAUUAGACCUACGCAAGUUAGCUAAAGUUGUCCUGAGCACUGACAUCGGCGUCAAGUGCUUGUCCAUGCCUUUGGCAGAUGAACGACUGCUGGAAGAUUAUGCUGAGGAUUUGGGACAGGUACAGAUUUCAGCGUGUAUGAAGAGUCUAAGACUAAGAAAUCAACACAGUGUAUCCUCUGCCAGUGGUAGUCUGCAGGUUGGUCCACUGGAACUGUUAGAUGCAGGAGACUGCUCACCUGUGGCUUGUGUUGGUGAGCUGACAGCAUCAGUUAGCAUGAGAGAGAAGGAACACGAGAUUGUGCGUUCAAAACUGGAGCUGGGCUCUGAUGAUGAAGAUGACAAUGAGCAGGAAGUUACUGACGAGACAUUGAUCGCAUCAAAGCUAGAAGGGAUGCAGUUACGUCCCAGUCUGAAGGUUACUGCACCGUCAAUGUCAGUGGAUGAAAGUAAGGCAGACGCUGAUAGCAAGGACACACCCAAGCAACAGACCCAGAGUGAAGAAGUACCUGCACCAUCAGCAGAAGCAGUGGCGCCAGAGAGCACAGCACCCGGGAGCAAUGAAUCAGACAGCACUGAACAUUUGAAAUCCAUCAUAGGGCACAUGUCGAGGAGAUUACAACAAGCCUCUAUUCAGGCAGCUGACAACCGACUUGUCAUGUCAAUGCUACUGAGACAGUCUGUGCAGGCACUUCAUGAACGACAGCAGCUUGCUGCACAGCUUCUAGAAGCGCAGAAGAAGAUAGCAGAUACCGUUGACAGUGAUGAAGAAGAUAUCGGGAUUGACCUGAGUAAGGAAGAAGAAGAAGAGUUCCGUGAUCGCGGUUCUACUCUCACUCGCGCUAGUGUAGGCAGAGCUACUGCCAUCCACAUCACUCCAGUGCAGGGUCCGUACCAUGGAACAAGCAUUGAACUAUCCGAUGACGAAGACGAAGACAACAGCAGUAGUCCGGACGUACUGAAGAGCCGAAUCAAAGGAUACAGGUCGACAAUUGCCAGACUGCGGAGCGACCAGAGGGUUCUGGCUAUGGCACACGAAGAAGCUGAAACUAAGCUGAAUGAGGUUCUGAUCUCCAGUUCAAAGAUAACUCGCACAAAAACGGUGCGUACACGUCGCCGUUACUUCCACGACUCACGGGCAGGGGGCCGAGGAACAGGAACGGCUGGAAGCAGCAGUGCUGGAUAUCAGUCGUCUGGCUAUCAGUCAUGUCAAUCGGUUGAUAGUCCUGCUCCUCGCACUCGUGUGCCACAUGUCGGCAGCCAGACACAAGCUGGAGAAGGAGGGUCUGAAGAAUCUUUUGAGGAGUCUCUAGAUUUCAAGACCCUGAUGGAAGAGCACGAGUUAACCUUGCCAUUCAACACUAAAGACUAUGGCCUUGAGAUUGAGAUGGCGUGCUUCGUGAAUGCUGUAACGCAAGGCGGAGUGGCUCAGAAGAAACAUGGCGAUCGUCUGCAAGCUGGCGAUGUCAUCAUGAAGAUCAAUGAUCAACCCAUAACAAAGCUGCUAACUGGUGCGGCGGUCACGGAGCUCCUCGCUGCCUCAUCCAAGAUGGGCACUGGGCCCAAGCUGUCGUGCAUAUCACCACGCAUGGCUGCCAGCAAUUCGCCAGAGCUGACCGAACUGCGACCAGCCACGCUGGAUGUGGCUGGCAUAGGCUCUCCACUGCCACCGGGUGCGGCACAGCGCUGGUAUGCACGCAUGUCACCUGCAAGUCCAACAACCGCUGGUUUGGCUGAAGCUCACCACAAGGAAGCAGCCGCAAAGUAGAAGAUAGCAGAGAGCUGUGGAUGCUGACAGAUCUGUGUUCGUUCGGCCUGUAUCUGUGUACAUACAAGUACACGAUUAUUUCUUAGUGUUUUUUGCUUGAUAUCAUGUACUUCUUCCACUCCGUACGUCCGUUCUCACAACAUCUGUAUGUCCGUACGUCCAUUCUCACAACAUCUGUAUGUGCCGCUUUGAGUGUACAUGCAUGUCAAUGUACAUGUAACAUGCGUAUGUGCUUGCAUGCUUGCCUGCAUUGUGAAUCAAUACUUUACUGCACGGGUGCACAUGCAGGUGUGUGUGUGUGUGUGUGUGUGUGUGUGUGUGUGUGUGUGUGUGUGUGUGUGUGUGUGUGUGUGUGUGUGUGUGUGUGUGUGUGUGUGUGUGUGUGUGUGGUGUGUGCGUACGUGCGUGUGUGCGCGCGUGUGUGUGUGUGUGUGAGAGAGAGAGAGAGAGAGAGAGAGAGAGAGAGAGAGAGAGAGACAGAGACAGAGACAGAGACAGAGACAGAGAGAGAGACAGAGAGAGAGAGAGAGUGGGAGUGUGUGUGUGAGAGAGAGAGAGCAUUUAGUGGUAAGAACAGAGACAGGACUUGCAUUUGAACUCUCACAGAUUUGGGAGAUUUCUAAAGCGUCAUUUGCCUUGUAACAGAUAAGAUAUCCGCAUGGAUGUGAUGAGAUUCUGUUCUUUCUUUUUCACUUAUUGCAUUUUGCCUGCUUUCACUUUAACGCUAUUUGCUUGCGGCUUAGAAGUUGCUGUCAUGUACAUGUAUGUUUCAUCUUAUAUUCUAUACACCAUAGCGCAAUGCUAUUAUGCUAUACACCAUAGCGCAAUGCUAUUAUGCUAUAGCCAUUGUGUUUUUUUGACCACCGCAUGUAAACACUUUAUCCUUCUUGUUCGGUACUUGUACUUGUAGUCACAAACAGAGCUUUACCUGGAUCUCACUGACUACAUUGUGUACAUUAUUGUAUAGUGGAACAACACCAUUAAACUGAA